CGACGUCGUGUUGUAACCGGGAAACACGAAGAAGAAAAGCGCGGGAAAAUCGAGACUGCAUCUCAUCGUCUUCGUAGGUCAAUUUUUGUUGUCUUCUCCGCCUGCUAACUAAAUCUAAUCGUCGAAGUUCUUACCGGCGAUCUGAUCGGACACAAAAUCGAAUCCACGAACGAUUCGUUGCCGUGAUUUUGUUCGUGUAGGUGUCCGGAUUUUAUAAAGGUGAUUUCUCGUUCGAUAUGGUGAAAUUGAGUUAUCCAUUGCUAUGUUGUUAGUUUCGUUCGAUUGUUUCAUUGUUUUGUUCCAAACGAAGAUGGAGGACAUUGACGACAUAGAAGAAGAAGAUGAGUUUGGUUUCUCAAGAAACUACUUUCUGGCAAAAGAAUUGGGUGGGGCGAGUAAGCGAUCAGCUCACAAGCUCUCUGAUAUUCAUAUUGUUGAUGAGCAGGAGCUUAGAGAAACAUCAUCUAAUAUUGAAAUGAAGCACGCUAAAGAGGUUUCUAAGCUUAUGAGUGAUUACAAGACUAUGUACCCAAAGUGGGUCUUUGAGCUCAGGUGUGGCUUUGGCCUUCUAAUGUAUGGCUUUGGAUCUAAGAAAGCUUUAAUUGAAGAUUUUGCUUCUGCUUCUUUGACUGAGUAUUCCGUUGUGGUCAUCAACGGCAACCUCCCUUCCGUAAAUCUAAAACAGGUUCUUUUAGCAUUAGCUGAACUUCUGUCCGAGCUGUUGAAGUCUAGAAGAAAGAGUUCUGGGAGCGUCUCUAAAGGUCAAGAAACAUCUCCUUUACGCUCCGUAGAUGACAUUCUUUCCUUUCUACAUGCCCCACAGUCUGAAGAUAAAGACUGCUUCAUAUGCGCUGUUGUCCAUAACAUUGACGGCCCUGCUCUUAGGGAUCCCGAAUCACAACAAACUCUUGCCCGGCUUGCUUCCUGUUCGCACAUACGCCUUGUUGCCUCUAUUGACCAUGUCAACGCUCCAUUAUUGUGGGAUAAGAAAAUGGUGCACACUCAGUUUAACUGGCUAUGGCACCAUGUUCCAACAUUUGCGCCAUACAAUGUGGAAGGUGUAUUCUUUCCAUUGGUUCUUGCACAGGGAAGCACAGCCCAAACCGCCAAAACAGCAGCCAUUGUCUUACAGAGUUUAACGCCAAACGCUCAGAACGUCUUCAAGAUUCUUGCUGAGUACCAACUUUCUCACCCAGAUGAAGACGGAAUGCCCACUGAUGAUCUGUAUUCAGCCUCUCGAGAACGCUUCUUUGUGAGCAGUCAAGUGACUUUGAACUCACAUCUUACGGAAUUUAAAGACCACGAACUGGUUAAGACCAAGAGGAACUCUGAUGGACAAGAGUGUCUGAAUGUACCUCUCUCUUCGGAUGCACUUCGACAGCUCUUGCUUGAUCUCAAUCAGUAGCCUUAAACUGUAUCUGAUAUGAUUCGUUUUUUAUUGCUUGAACGAGCUAUUAUACUUUGAAAUGGUUACAUAUUUAAACUUAAGAGAAUGUUACAGUCAA